AGCCGUAUCCAGCUCAGAGCUGUGAGCUUUCAGUUUUGGGUGAUGCCAAGGCUAAAAAUGUGGAAGCAUAUCACAAUUACAGGCACCUGCAAAGAGCUUUUCUCUGAGCAGAGUGUGUUUCAAGAAUAAAGAUCCUAUAAUGGCGUAAACAGCCUAAAUGCAUUAAAACAUUAAUAUAAAUGAACAUGCUUUCAUUAUAUGAGUCAAUCAGUUCUUAGUAGUAUAAAGGAAGGACAGCUUGUGUUAUCUGAAGCACUCCAGAGACAGACUUCACACACAGUCAACAGCAGUGAUCAAACAGAUCAGAGGAUUAAAAAAAAGAAGAAGAAAAAAAUCUCUUUAAUAUUUGCACAGGACAAAAUAGAUAAACAAAUACAUGAAAAUAAUAGAAGCAUAAUAGCCUAUUAAAUCACGAAACCCUUGAAACUGCAAGAACCUCGUGAUAAAUUCUGAGGGAAAAAAAUACAAAUAUGGAUUGUUUAAACACGCGGUGCAGUGUGUUUGGUAAAGACCAAGUUUACAGCCUGCAGAGAUCACCUCUAUUCGACAUAAAAUAUUAAUAUUCUGUUAGAAAUUCAGACAGUAGCAAUUCACCUUACACUCGUAUGUCUACAUCUCUUGCUUUUCGACAGAUUCGUACUCUAACACUCUAUGACUAGCGUGCCGGUGUGGGAUAGUAAUGGUCCGAACCUGUGGGUUGCUGUACUUGAACUUUUAAUAUUUCUGUUGAUUUGCCACUCGCGCGCGAUAAAACGUUUGGUCCAAGCGCGCGAAUGGACACGGGAUUUGUGGCUUAAUAUAGGGGGUUUAAACGACGUCUUUGAAGUGGACGUUUCCAGGGUCGCGUGCCGAUUUUUCUGAGCUGUAUGCGGACUGCGCACGCGGGUCCGCAGUGGCGGGUUGCGCGCGUGCGUUUGCGCGUACGCGGGUGCUGUUGUAAUUUCACGUCACAUCAAGUUUGAUCAGCGGUCCGAUUGGAUGAUUUGCAGCGCUGUCCUGAAUUGAAAAGCUCUUGCGCUUGUUUGCUCGUAUUCGCCUCUCGUCCUGUAGCCCGAAUGCACCUAUCCGGCAUCGCGUGAGGGAGUCGGUGCACAUCUGGAGGAUUUUGUUUGUCGCCCUCGCGCCUGGUCUGGAUGUUGCGCGUGAGCUGAAGAAUUCUAGAGGUCGGAGACAAAAUGCGGCGGCGAGCGCACGCGUGCGUCCUGCUCCUGCCGUGGUUGGUACUGCAAACCCAGGCAGGCUUUCCAAACCAGAUCAAUAUCGGUGGUCUCUUCAUGCGCUCCACGGUUCAGGAACACAGCGCGUUCCGCUUCGCAGUUCAGCUCUACAACACCAACCAGAACAUCACUGAGAAACCCUUUCACCUGAAUUAUAACGUGGACAAUCUGGAGUCAUCCAAUAGCUUCUCAGUCACGCACGCGUUCUGUUCACAGUUCUCCAGGGGUGUGUAUGCAAUAUUUGGAUUCUAUGACAGGAGGUCAAUGAACACAUUAACGUCGUUCUGCGGCGCUCUGCACACCUCCUUCAUCACUCCAUCUUUUCCCACGGACACAGAUGUGCAGUUUGUUCUGCAGAUGAGGCCGAGCCUCCGGGGGGCGCUGCUCAGCUUGCUAGCCCAUUACAAAUGGGAGAAAUUUGUCUACCUGUAUGACACUGAUAGAGGGUUUUCCAUCCUACAGGCCAUCAUGGAAUCCGCAGUGAUGAAUAAUUGGCAGGUGACGGCACGUUCGGUGGGGAACAUAGUGGAUCCGCUGGAAUACCGACGUAUUAUUGAAGAAAUGGAUCGUCGACAGGAGAAACGCUUCCUUAUCGACUGUGAGGUUGAACGCAUUAACAGUAUUCUAGAGCAGGUUGCGAUCUCAGGAAAGAAUAGUCGAGGAUAUCAUUACAUCUUGGCUAAUCUUGGGUUCUCUAACAUGAGUUUGGAUAAGGUGUUUUCAGGCGGGGCAAAUAUUACCGGAUUCCAAAUCAUAAGUCCUGAUAGCCCGAUCGUGCAGCAGUUUCUCCAGCGCUGGGAGCGGCUCGAUGAGAGAGAGUUCCCUGAGUCUAGAAACGCUCCCCUGAAGUAUACAUCUGCGCUGACACACGAUGCCAUCCUGGUGAUAGCUGAGGCAUUUCGGUAUUUGAGACGUCAACGCGUUGAUAUUUCACGUCGAGGGAGUGCAGGCGACUGCCUUGCCAACCCAGCCGUACCAUGGAGCCAGGGAAUCGACAUUGAAAGAGCUCUCAAAAUGGUUCAGGUUCAGGGUAUGACGGGAAAUAUUCAGUUCGACUCGUUUGGACGGCGAUCAAAUUACACCAUUGAUGUUUAUGAAAUGAAACCGGGAGGAGCCAGAAAGAUUGGCUACUGGAAUGAAUAUGAGAAAUUUGUUUAUAUAGUGGAGCAGCAGGUUACCAACGAGUCCUCCUCUGUGGAAAACAGAACCAUUGUGGUCACUACUAUUAUGGAAGCUCCAUAUGUAAUGUACAAGAGGAAUUAUAUGCAGUUGGAUGGAAAUGAUCGCUAUGAGGGCUACUGUGUAGACUUGGCAUCAGAAAUCGCAAAGCACGUGGGCAUAAAGUACAAACUGUCCAUUGUAGCAGAUGGGAAAUAUGGAGCACGCGACCCUGAGACCAAGACCUGGAACGGCAUGGUGGGGGAGUUGGUAUAUGGGAGGGCAGAUAUAGCUGUGGCUCCUCUCACUAUAACCCUUGUCCGGGAGGAGGUGAUAGAUUUCUCCAAGCCCUUCAUGAGUCUGGGCAUUUCCAUCAUGAUCAAGAAACCACAGAAGUCCAAACCAGGAGUCUUCUCAUUUCUGGAUCCACUGGCCUAUGAGAUCUGGAUGUGUAUCGUUUUUGCAUAUAUCGGUGUGAGCGUGGUUCUCUUCCUGGUGAGUCGUUUCAGUCCAUACGAAUGGCACCUGGACGAGAAUGAAGAGGCGAAGGAUCCGCAAACACCACCUGACCCACCCAACGACUUUGGCAUCUUUAACAGUCUCUGGUUCUCUCUUGGAGCUUUCAUGCAGCAAGGAUGCGAUAUCUCGCCAAGGUCUCUGUCUGGCCGUAUUGUUGGAGGUGUGUGGUGGUUCUUCACUCUGAUCAUCAUUUCAUCCUACACUGCCAAUUUGGCUGCUUUCCUGACUGUGGAAAGGAUGGUCUCGCCUAUAGAGAGCGCAGAAGAUCUGGCCAAGCAGACUGAGAUCGCCUACGGAACACUUGACUCCGGUUCCACCAAAGAGUUCUUCAGGCGUUCAAAGAUCGCUGUCUAUGAGAAGAUGUGGUCUUACAUGAAGUCCGCCGAGCCGUCCGUGUUCGUUAAGACCACCCCUGACGGAGUGGCUCGCGUGCGCAAGUCAAAGGGGAAGUUUGCGUUCCUGCUCGAGUCCACAAUGAAUGAAUACAUCGAACAGAGAAAGCCUUGCGACACUAUGAAGGUGGGAGGGAACCUGGACUCCAAGGGCUACGGCGUGGCCACGCCCAAAGGGUCGGCAUUAAGAAGCGCUGUAAACCUGGCGGUGUUAAAGCUGAAUGAGCAGGGCCUGCUGGACAAGCUGAAAAAUAAAUGGUGGUACGACAAGGGAGAGUGCGGCAGCGGGGGAGGGGACUCGAAGGAUAAAACCAGCGCGCUGAGUCUCAGUAACGUGGCAGGCGUGUUCUAUAUCCUGGUGGGGGGUCUGGGUCUGGCUAUGACCGUGGCUCUGGUGGAGUUCUGCUAUAAGUCGCACCAGGAGACCAAACGCCUCAAACUUGCCAAAAAUGCCCAGAACUUCAAACCAGCUCCUCCGUCCACUGCACAGAGUUUCACCACAUACAGAGAGGGCUAUAACGUCUACGGAACAGAGAGCGUCAAAAUAUAAUGAUUGGAAGCCUGUCCCUUGCUGAUCAUGUCGUAUGCGGCAUGGGAUAGACUCUCCUUCUCUUUGAGUCGACUGUGAUUCCCUUUAGAAAGUGGACACGCACCCAACCAAAACCCAUCUCACCGGAACAUUUGUCUUCUCGGCUCUGACCACAACCUGAACCAAUAAUCACGCGACAGACUAUCGGAUGGACCAAACACCCGCCCACCCUCUCUCAGUGCCUUACUGAACCAGUGGCAAAACAACUAAACACGCAGGCCAUCUCACCAAAGUCCUGGAGAUGUCCUGCUGGGUGCUGGGUCUGAAACCAUAUUUCAACUUAUUCUUAUUAUGAGAGGGAAAGACGGUGAAGGAGGGAGGGAGGGAGAGAUAGACACACACACCGAAGAGAGGAUUGAUUUGGUUGAUCUCAUGAUCAGUGAUGACAGUGUUUAAUGAGUGACAGUCAGCUUGUUUCCAUGACAACUCCUACCAAAAGGAGUUUCUGCAAACAAACAUUUUAUGCAAACUGUAGGAAAUAUUUUUGAAGUAUUCUGCUCGUUAAUUUGUUUGUGCUGUGAUUCUGUGUCCUCAUCAACAUAAUUAUGUUAUGAAUAAUGUAAAUAAUAAUUUCAGAUACAUUAUGGCAUCAGAGAACUAAUGCAAACAUUGUUUUCAUUUCACAUUUUACAGUUUAUUUAGAUUUUUUUUUUUACUUUAGCUGGAGUGAAUUCAGUCUGUGUGCGUGUGCGUGUGUGUGUGUGUACGUGUGUGCGUGUGCGUGCGUGCGUGCGUGUGUGCGUGCGUGCGUGCGUGCGUGCGUGUGUGUGUGAAUAUUUCCCAAUUUUCUGUACUCAAAACCCAACAAGGGUGGAAGAUUCUUAAUUGUUAUUGCCAUAUUACUUUAUUAUUAAACAUAGGAGAUAAAUGAUGACAGCACAUUCAUACAGCAUCUGCAACAACAACAAAAAAUGUUCAUAUUAUACAACUAUCAUACUAUCAUACAUCAGUUCUUUUUUGAGUCGAGCUUAGGAAACAACAGCAAAAUGUUUAAUAGUUUGUAAUAAUUACUUUUAUUUAGUUUUAAAAUACUUAAAAAAUCUGCGAUUGUCACUGAGGUAUGAUAUCUGUUAAACUGAUAAAAAAGAAAACAUGGAUCUUUGAUUUUAUAAAUCCAGAUAAAGCCACUCUGUUUAAAUUCUUAACAUUUGUUUAGAUGGUAAAAUGCAUAUUUAUUUUGAAGAUUUUAUAUAACUGACUUCUGUAUGAUUUCUGAGUGAACUUGCAUGUACAGUAAGGAUGAAAACUGCUUUCCCCUCAAUAAAGCCUCCCUUGACAUGCCCUUCUUCCCACCCCUCUCCUAUUCCACCACCUCCAUUCCUGGUUAAUAAUGAUAAAAAAGAAAGAAUAGAAAAUUAUGAAAUGGUCAAGAUACAUCCUGACGUAAACAAUAGUCUGUCCCUCUGCAUGACUGCAUCCAACUCUUAAACAUUUAAGUAUAUUUUGUAAAUAAAGACAGAUUUAAGACAAA